GUUUUGAAAUUUUUAUGUAUAAAAUGAUUUCAAAGACUGAUUGAUUCAAUGGGAAAAAUUAUAUCUAGAUUAAAUUGCAUGCGACAGUCAAAAGGAAUUUUAAAUGAUAAAGAAUUAUCGGCAGUUAGAAGCGUUAUAACCGCUUUGCAAGCGAACGUUGAGGAGAUAGGUCACGGAUGGCUUUUUCGGCCGGGUCCUGCGUUGCAUCAUCAGAUCGUCAACGAGAUGGUGCAUUAUUUGCAACGCGGCAACGGGCGACCUGUCAGUCAGAUGCUGCAAGAUGGGUUUAGAGUGGAAGCCGCGCAGGCUCUGGUCAUUUUUCUAAACAGGAAGACGCAGUGCCUGUUGCCAGAUUACAUACAGGCUCUUGCGUUAGAUGCCCCAGCGUCCGUACUACCUGAAAUGGUGGCCACUGACGUUCUUGGACUAAUAAAGCAAGAUUUACCCACCAAAAGACUAGAACUUAUAUUACUUCUUUUACGACUUUUGGACACCGUCAUAAAAUACUCCCCCGCAGACGAGCUACGUGGUAGCACCCUCCCCCUGAGCAUGCUCCCUUUAUUUUUCAACAUAACGAAUUCUCACAUAUCAGAUUGGAGACGGAUAGUCACAAUUUUUGUGGAACUUAUUCGACAAGGUCAAAAUGAAGCAAACCCGAAUAAUACUUAUUCAUCUGGGGAGUCUUCUUACACAAAUAUGUCAAGAGAAACAGUUCAUAUGAGCAUAUAGAAAUAAAAAUAUAAUAAUAAAUUAUUUUGUGUUUUGUAUUUUUGGUGUCAUCAAAUAAA